AUGGGUGUGCCGGCUUUUUUCCGUUGGUUAACCAGGAAAUAUCCCUCUAUAAUUGUUAAUGCUGUUGAAGAGAAGAAACGUGAAAUUGAUGGAACUGUUUUACCAGUUAAGACGAUGGAACCAAAUCCGAACUUUCAAGAAUUUGAUAAUCUUUAUUUGGACAUGAAUGGUAUAAUUCAUCCAUGUACGCAUCCGGAAGAUCGUCCGGCGCCGAAAACAGAAAAUGAAAUGUUUGCUCUUAUUUUUGAAUACAUUGAUCGAUUAUUCGCAAUCGUACGUCCACGACGUUUGCUUUAUAUGGCAAUUGAUGGUGUUGCACCUCGAGCGAAAAUGAAUCAACAAAGAAGUCGACGAUUUCGUGCAGCAAAAGAUGCCUCUGAGAAAGAAGCGCAAAUCGAAGAAGUACGUAAGGCUUUAGAAACUGAAGGUUUUCCAUUACCUCCAAAGAAGACGAACGAAGAGCGUUUUGACAGUAAUUGUAUUACACCUGGCACUCCAUUUAUGUCAAGGUUAUUACUUGCUGAUGCUUUACGUUAUUACAUCUAUUUGCGAUUAAACAGUGAUCCUGCUUGGUCCAAUAUCAUGGUAAUUCUGUCAGAUGCAAAUGUUCCUGGCGAAGGCGAACACAAAAUUAUGGAUUACAUUCGAAGACAACGAGCAUCUUCAACGCACGAUCCGAAUACCGCACAUUGCUUGUGUGGUGCAGAUGCAGAUUUAAUUAUGUUGGGGCUGGCUACUCAUGAGCCAAAUUUUACCAUUAUUCGGGAAGAAUUUGUGACUAAUCAGCCACGUCCCUGUGAAAUUUGUGGUCAGUAUGGUCAUAUCUUGAUGGACUGUAGGGGAUUAAUUCAACAAGAAAUACCUGAUUAUCAGUGUACACCAUUACAGAAGGAGACAAAUUUUAUAUUCAUUCGUCUUCCUAUUUUGAGAGAAUAUCUCGAGAAAGAUUUGCAAAUAUCUAAUUCGCCAGUAGCCUUUGACCUCGAAAGAGCAAUCGAUGAUUGGGUUUUUAUGUGUUUUUUCGUCGGGAAUGAUUUCCUACCUCAUUUACCUUCUCUCGAAAUUCGAGAAAAUGCAAUUGAUCGUCUUAUUAAGCUUUAUAAAGAUAUGAUCCAUGAGACGAGGGGAUAUUUGACUAAUGCUGGUGAAGUAAACAUGGAGCGAGUUCAGAUUAUCCUGGAUAAUCUUGGUGCAGUCGAGGAUGAAAUAUUUAAAACAAGACAGACAAGGGAAAUAGAAAUGAGGAGAAAUAAAAUGAUAAGAAAUGAGAAACGAAGUACAAAUGUUCUAGCUUAUGUUCCUUCUAGUGGUUCUUUAAUCACUCCAGAGCCAGGUGUUCCAUUAUCAUUUAACGGUUGUGAUACGCGUUUAAUGGCUCGUGAUUCGCGAAUGCAGGCUCUGAAUUAUCAGCUUCAUUCCCAAUCUGAAAAAAAGAAGAUGGAUUGCAAGAGGAAAAUGGAAUAUGAUUCUGAUUCUGAUGAACCAUACGAUGAAGUUCGUUUAUGGGAGAGUGGAUGGAAGGAACGUUAUUAUCGAUCUAAAUUUCAAGUAGACGGAAACGAUCUUGGAUUUCGUAAAAAAAUUGCUUGGGCAUAUGCCACUGGUCUUUGUUGGGUUUUGAAAUAUUAUUACCAGGGAUGUGCAAGUUGGGAUUGGUAUUUUCCUUAUCAUUACGCUCCUUUUGCAUCUGAUUUUGAUUUAAUAACACAGUUUAAAGUUGACUUUGAUAAACCAACGCAACCUUUUAAACCGCUGGAACAACUUAUGGCUGUUUUUCCAGCUGCAAGUCGAUCUCAUUUGCCAGAGUCUUGGCAACAUCUUAUGGUCGAUCCUGAAUCUCCAAUAAUUGAUUUUUAUCCUGAUGAUUUCGUAAUUGACUUGAAUGGAAAAAAAUUUGCUUGGCAAGGCGUUGCAUUAUUGCCAUUUGUUGAUGAAAAACGUCUCUUGGAAACUUUGAAAGAAGUUGAAAAUGCGCUUGAUGAUUGUGAAAAAACACGAAAUUCGCGAGGUUCAGAUCGCCUCUUUGUUGGUUCCAAACAUCCAUUAUGCAAAUUCUUGGAAGAAAUGUACAGUUCAGUUGAUUCGGAUAACAGUUUUAUCCAAAUUGACACACUGCUAACACUGGGUGUGGAUUUAAAUGUGGCACCAGAUCCAGAUGGUUGCCUGCUUGGUGAAUCAUAUCUAUCUCCAGUUCCAUUUGAACAAUUCGGUGAUAUAAAGGUUAAGCCAAACCGUGCGUUAAUGGUGAUUUGUCAAGAUCCUCAAUUCGAAAAGGGCAAAAUAUUCUCAGCAAAUCGUCUUCCUGGGGCGGUAGAUUUGCCUCGAACGUUGAAGCCAGAAGAUUGGAACAACAGAAUUCCAUAUCGGCCUCAAAUUGGAUUUUCACGCAAUGUUCCUCGUGCGUUUUUGGGCGAACCAGGGCACAGAAUGCUUGUUCAUGAAACAAAACGUUUUCAUGCUCAUGUAAGAAAUGUACAGGCAUACAGACCACGGUGGCAGAGCACAUAUGUUGGCUCUGGAGAUGUUUAUCGUUUUAAUUCUUCCAGCCUAGAUCCUUAUUGGCAGAGUUGUCCUCGUGUAGAAAUGCAUCGUUUCAGAUCAUUCGAGGGUUUUUAUCCUCAAUCAUCUUCACUAUUUCAUGAGGAAGGGCCACGUUCCAAUGUCCGACCUAGAAGGCCUCAGUUUUUUCAGCGCAAUUGA